AUGGACUCCUCUUCGGAUCUCUUCGAUGACUCCAAUCCACAAGUGCAUCCUUUCCCCCCGCUCUUCGCCAGCGCGGAAGCCCUGGGAGUGUUGCCGGGCGGUGGUCGACCUCCCCCGAGUGGCUUCAGACCGCUCGACUUUCCCCUCUUUCAGCAACACCUCGCCCGGUCCCGGGAAACCCCUCGCACACACGAGCCAGAAGAGAGAAGCGUGGAAGCCGGGGAAGGGUUGUCGACCGACGAGGAAUUUAAGAAGCGAGCGGGCGCCGAGUGGAGUCGGGACUUGGCGAGGGUGAAAAGGAUGAAGCUGGAGGAGGGCGUAGGAGGGAGGGAGCUCAGGAGGCGGAGGAGAGCCGAGUUGAAGGAGCAACUGGAGGAGGCCAGGGAAAGGUUGCAGGCCCUGCAGGAGAAAGUUCUUAGGGCCUUUGGGGAGAGCAACCUAGAUGAAGAAGAAGGCAAAGGGCAGGAAGAUGAGGACGUAGCAGCCGAGAGAAUGUUUGACGAUGAAGAAGAUCUCGAUGGAGAAGCUGUUGAAAACCAGCCCCUCUCUCUUAUUUAUGGCUUCAAGCAAAGAGAAGAGACACAAAGAGACACAGAGAAGACAGGCAGAGGAGAUAUCAUGGAGGGAGUGGGAUUGUGGUUGGACUGGGACGGAGGAAUAAAAGACGAGGACGACGACAAGUUCGCCCAGGCCUUGAAGAUGGAGCUGGGCAGCGCUGUGGCCCGAGUCAUCGACCGCGUCCUCCGUCUGUACACCGAUACGCCCUGUUCGGAAGCUGGCGAGGGGGCGAGAGAAAGAGCCGAGGAGGAGUCCAGGGGUCCUGGAGGAAAUGAAGAAGACGCCAGGCGGGUCCAAACGACGAGCAGCUUGCCGCCUCUUGGCGUCCAGACGGCAGAUUUGGCAUUGGUCAGGCGGAAGUCACCCGAGCUUCAGAAGAUCGGCCCCCUCCUGGGACCGCCUCUGCAGAGUCACCCCGACCUUUCUCUUCAUCCCCCUCGCCCUCCUCUUCUCUUAGCCCCGGCGCCCCGAUCCAAGGACCCGCUUCCGGAGACGUCCCCGUCCUCUUUCCCUGCCCCUCCACUGGCCCUCCCGCUCCUCCAGUAUUCCAUGCAACAACUCUUCUCCCGUUCACUCCACCACCCGCAGAUGCCCCAUCUUCCCCCCUCGUCCCGCAAAGAUUUCCUCAACUCGGAGCCUUUCCUGGAGUUCCCUUCGCACCCUUCCUUUCCCCCACUCCCCCUGCUCAGUCACCUGGGACCCUCCCUUUUGCGCCACGCCCAUGCCGGCAGGGAGCGGGAAAGGGGGGUGCGCGGAGGAGGGAUGAUGGACGGAGGAGAGCUUUACCUGAGCGCAGGGGGAACUCAGGAGGGCUUAUCUCCUUGCCACUUGAAGAAAGCCAAACUGAUGUUCUUCUACGCUCGGUACCCAAGCUCCAACACACUCAAAACAUAUUUCCCUGAUGUCAAGUUUAACCGCUGCGUGACCUCCCAGAUGAUUAAAUGGUUCAGCAACUUCCGAGAGUUCUUCUACAUCCAGAUGGAGCGCUUUGCCAGGCAGGCAGUCCGCGAGGCCCUGAGCCGGGACGGUGCACCUCGCUUGGGCAGAGAUAGUCAGUUGCGAGUGGGCCGGGAUACAGAACUCUACCGUAUACUCAACAUGCACUACAAUAAAAGUAACAUCUACCAGGUCCCGGAGAGGUUUAUCGAGGUGUCCGAGGUGGCUCUGAGGGAGUUCCACUCAGCUAUAUGGACAGGCAGAGACAGCGACCCCUGCUGGAAGAAGGGAAUAUACAAAAUUAUCUGUAAACUCGACAGCGGCGUGCCAGAUGCCUUCAGACUGCCUGGUUGUCCACUCGGCUGA